ACUCCGGCAAGUGUGGUUGGGAUAUCGGCACUUCCGCGGAAUUGGCGAUUUACGGUAUUUGUAGACAAUAGUUAUAGUCAAAAAAGUCGUCUAGUCGAACGGCUGAAAGAGCGAUUUAUUAGCGAGAGACUGCUGGUUCAUUCGUGUGCUACGAUGGUGGACUACAGCAAAUGGAAGAGUAUUGAAAUUUCAGAUGACGAAGAUGACACACAUCCAAACAUCGACACACCAUCCUUAUUCAGAUGGCGUCAUCAGGCACGAAUUGAAAGAAUGGAAGAACGCAAGAAAGAGCAUGACGAACACGAAAGAAAAAAAGCAGAAACAUUGCAGAAACUGAAAGACGCAAAAGAAAAACUGGCCAAACUUGAAAGCGGACAGAAAGACUCAGCUGACUUAACUACAUUGAAAAAAGUUCUUCAGGAUCUCGAAGAGGAAGAGAAGAAGAUUAGAGAGAGAGAGGAUGAAAUAGAAAAGAAGGAAAGAUUGACACCAUGGAAUGUAGAUACCAUUGGUCAAGAUGGUUUCACAAAAACUGUGAUAAAUACAAAGCCUCCUAGAAAGGAAGAUGAAGUUAGUUUAUCAGAUGAGGAGAAAGAAAAGCGAAUGAAGCAGUUUGUUAAGGAGAAUGAAAAGAAAUUGAAACAGUUUGGCAUAUUGAGGAAAUAUGAUGAUAGUAAGAAGUUUUUACAGGAGAAUCCACAUUUAGUUUGCGAGAAUACAGCAAAUUAUUUAGUCAUCUGGUGUAUCAACUUGGAAAUGGAGGAAAAACACGAUUUGAUGGAACAUGUUGCUCAUCAAUGCAUAUGUAUGCAGUAUAUAUUGGAACUAUCUAAGCAAUUGGAUGUUGACCCGCGUGCAUGCGUCGGCUCCUUCUUUAGUCGCAUUCAGAUUCCGGAAGUAAAGGAGUACAAAAAUUCCUUCGAUGAUGAACUCAGAGCAUUUAAGGAGAGAAUACGCAAAAGAGCAGCAGAGAAAGUAGCUGACGCAGUUAGAGAGGCGGAGGAGGAGGAAAGGAAGGCUCGUCUGGGCCCUGGUGGAUUAGAUCCAGUCGAAGUGUUUGAAAGCCUUCCAGAGCCUUUACAAAAAUGUUUUGAAACACAAGAUAUACCUUUGUUGCAACAAACGAUAAACGCGAUGCCAGAAGAAGAGGCGGCGUAUCACAUGAAACGAUGCGUUGACAGCGGUUUGUGGGUUCCUGAUGCAAGGAGCAAGGAGAAGGAAAAGGAGAAGGAAAAGGAGAAGGAGAAGGAGGAGGAGGAGGAGGAGAAGGAGAAGGAGAAGGAGGAGGAGGAACAGCAGAACAGUGCGAAAGAAACACCAGAUCCGGAAUAACGUAUUUAAUUUAAUCGCGCCUACUUAUUAUUACUGAUACUCAAUGAAAAUCAGUAUCUUAUUUACAUACACAUACACACAGGAUUAUUUGAAUAAUUGAUAAUUUGUUGCACAUUUCAUAUGUCAAGUUUUCUGUUGAUGAAACGACAACUCAGUCUUUUAUCAACUAACCUAGCUUAAUUUAAUAGGGGUUGUCGUUUCAUAAAUAGAAAGCUUGGCAUAUGAAGCGUAUGAAAUAUGCAACAAAUUAUCGAAUAGCACAAGUAGUGUUGAAGUGCUAUAUAAUCCUCACUCUUUAUGUAUGAUUGUGUUACUACUGAGAAAUUGCCUUCCUAUAUAUAUGUGUACAUACAUAAUUGUUAAUCGCAGAUAAU